AUGAAGUCUUUAUCAACACUCAUAGUUGCUGCAUUGAUCUGCUUUGUCGGUAUGUAUAUUACGAGCAUAUAGAAUGUAAAUAUAAUAGUUAUUGGGCAUGGAAUAUAAUUUGACAGUUCAGUGAACAUGUAUGGUAUAUUGUAUUAAUACUAUUCGAAAGUCUAUAGAAAACUGAAAACACUUCCUAAUGUCUUGGCUGAGUUGCAGAAGUUUCAAUUGUUUGAAGUAUAGCCAUAGAUCUUUAAACAUUUUUUACAAAUAUUCAGUCAAUAUAAAGUGCAUGCAUUUAAUACUCGGCGAAUAUAUAUUUCCAGUACCUAUUUUGACCAUCAACAAUGACAGCCAGUCUGCUGUGCUCCUUUUUUUCUUGAUAUAUAAGUACAUUAAUGUUGAAAUAGCUUGCAAAUUACUGAAUACAUAUUAGUCGAUAUACAGCUAGAUAGCCAGAUAUGGUCAGUUAUUGGUUUACAGUCCUAUAAUUGGUCGGUUAAUAUAUUAAAUUAUGAGUAUAUACAUAUUAACUUAAAGUACAUCUGUUUUAUUUUAUUGGCUAUAAGGCUAUUUCAAAUUCUGCAAUUGCAUUCAUGUGGAAAUCCUUGGUAUAUGAAGUGUUUCAUUAUGGUUCGAUGCACAUUAUAGACAUAAAUGGUGCAGAUUAAGGUUGUUAUUUAUAGAACAAACCUUGGACAAACAAACUGAAAUUGACUUUCAAAUGAAUGAAAAUGAACUAUAUUCAAUUAUUAAGCCUUUUGGGAAUUAUGGGAAUAUCCGGACAAACUACAGUCUUGUGACGUCAAUUGGAAUACAUGCUAUUGAUAGAACGAAAUUCAACUGAGAAUUAUGUUUAAAGUAUUUAAUAAACAUGUGGGCAUUAUAUAUAGUUCAGCUAGAGCAGCUUAAUUAAUGUGUUAGCAGCCAACACAUUCCCCUUAAACAAUAUUGUUGUAUGCUAGCUAUUACCUAGCUAUUAGCUGACAAAAUCUCAACAACAAUUAAUAUUAUACGCUAACCCAUUAAGCUGCAAUGUGCCCUAUCUGCUUUCACAUUUUUCAUGAUGUUCUUAUUUACCUAUGAGGAAGUUGACAUGCAUGUAGUAGUCGUCUUUCCAAAUUAGUUGAUCAAGCCUAAUAAUUCCUUUCGUCACACAUUGUGUAAAAUUAUGAUCUUUGCCCAAGGGUACAAAUUCCAGCUAGAUUUAUUGUCCAGUGUAUUGAGUAACUCAAGUGUAGGAGGAUUUGUAGGAGGUGGACAGGUGUGUGCAGCCGUGUUGGCCUUGGUCAACAAGGGUGCAAAAAAUUAAAUUUAUCUUACUUUUAAAAGUUUGAGGUAUUCAAAGAUUGUUAUUAGUCUAAUUAGCCUAACUGGUUAGGUUUUGGAAUUCAAGGUAUAGCACCACAACAGUAGUUCGAAUACUAAUAAGUUCAAUAUUAAUAAUUCAUUUUGUUUAAUACUUAAUUUGGUUGAUAAAGCAAAUUCUUAAUUUUCUGCAAUUAAUAAACGUCUAACAUGAUAAGUAUUUGAUAAUGAAAAUAAAAAUUAGAAAAGCAAUCAAAUAUUCAACUAUGACAAAAUUUUCAUUUUCUCUCUCAUACAAUCACAGUAUCAAGAUAAUUAGGAUUUAUGUUAUUAAUUAGUUAUUCCCUUGACAUAUAACUGUAAAUUGUAACCAUUAAGAAACUAUUAGGUGCACUUUCAUGAGAGUAUGCUGCUGACCAAUACCCCCCGCCCUCCCCUGCAAAAAACCCCUUGCUGAUUCUACCAUUUUGUAAUACAUUAAGUUGCAUUGCACCUCAAUAUGCCCUACUUUUAUUAUUUUACUCUGCCUAGCAGCAGACGAUUUUGUUUGUCAAAGAGAGAGCUUUGGUGUUCAAUGUGUUGCGACUUAAAACUGUAACAUAUAUAGAAAAUAUUUGCGUGCAAAUAGGAGUUUUAUGCCUUUUGUCUUAGACUUCGGGGAGAUAAGUCGGUUAUUACAAUUGCAUGAUAAGCCGUGGUGUAUUAUAUAUUAAACUGACAGAGAGAGGAAAUACCUAAGGUAUAUAUAUCUUGAACAGACUCAGUUAUAUAUAGAUAACGAUUACGAAAGGGUUAUAACACACCUCUAUGUUAAGUUCUAAGCAUUCCCAUACAGCUAAGAACGCUUUUCGUAUCAUGCCAUGAUGCCAAUACAUUCUGAAGACUAUCAUCUUUUAGGAAUGAAAUGGCGGGGGUUAUAUUAUUUUGAUCGCUGCAUGUCGAUGGGAUGCCCCAGUUCAUGCAAGACUUUUGAAAUAUAUAUUUAGUACAGCCGUUGAUCGAAUGGAUUGCUCAACAUAAAUUCAAUAUCGAUAAACUCCUUCAUCUUUUAGAUGAUUUUCUUUUAAUUGCCGCCACUCAUACCCAAUGCCGGAGUAAUUUGGAUAGAUUUCUAAAUGUAUGCGCCACACUCGGUAUUCCUGUUGCACCAGAGAAAACGUGCGGCCCUGCAACAACUCUUACAUUUGCUGGUAUUGAGUUAGACUCUAUAAAAUUGCAAGCGCGCCUGCCAACAGACAAACUUGCAAAAUGUGUCGACACUAUCGCGUCUUUUCUUAACCGCAAAAAGGUUACCCUAAAAGACCUUCAAUCUUUGAUCGGCUUGUUAAAUUUUGCUUGUUCCGUAAUUGUGGCAGGUCGCGCAUUUUUACGGCGUCUCAUUGACCUCACACAAGGCAUUCAGAACCCGCGACAUUUCUUUCGUUUACGAGUCAGGCGCUCUAAGGAGGAUUUGAAAAUUUGGCAAACAUUCUUAUCUUCUUUCAAUGGCAUUUCAUUUUUCCUGGACGAAACUUGGUGCAAUUCCAGUAAGCUUAAUUUGUUUACAGACGCUUCAGGGUCUAAUGGUUUCGCAGCCAUAUUUGGCACCGAAUGGUGUUAUGGUUACACCGUAAUAUCGCAUUUUUAGAGUUCUAUCCAAUUGUUCCGAGCCAGUCUGUGCUUAUGGGGGAACCAAAUGCGCAAUCAGUCUAUUUUACUAUUUACUGACAAUGAAGCUCUGGUUCAUGUCAUCAAAAAAAAAUCGUGUGUGGUUUGUUCGUCAAAUGGUUUUGGUUUGUUUACAAAACAACAUAAUGUUUAAGGCUAAGCAUGUUCCUGGUAUUUAUAACAAACUAUAGCCGAUUGUUUAUCUCGAUUUGGCAAAAUUUCCAAACAUCACUCGUACUAUUAAUCCCAAAUUGUACUCGCCAUCGCAUGAUUACCUAUACUAAUUAGAAUAGGUAAUAGCAUGGUUUCGAGUGCAAUUUGGAUAUAACAUGCACGAGUGAGUUUUUCAAAGACCUCAAAAUAGCACGAGUCCGAAGGACGAGUGCUAUUUGAUGUCUUUGAAAAACUCACGAGUGCAUGUUUAUCCAAAUUUCACGAGAAACCAUGCUAUUACUUAUUAAUAAUUUACAUAAAAAUUUUCGAGAUAAUUGUAGUUUUAACUUACGCGUUUAUAGCGAAUAUUCCACCGGCAAACUUUUCCUGGCUUUGUUAUAUCACAUUAUACAACGCUAACAGCUUGAAAAUUCCACUCAACUAUGUAAUUUUUGUUAGUCUUGUUUAAGGUAAAUGCUUUUCCAUUUAAAAAUAAAGAUAAAAGCCAUAUUUUCCACGCGAAGGUAUCUUUUACUUUAUGUAACGCGGCGCCAUGUUUGUUUUGUUUUGAAGCAAUCUGUGACGGUGUGACCGUUACUUCUUUAAACUAAAUUGCUUUAAACUGAUUGGUUGAUUUAAUCAUCACAAUGUUUUUCCACCAAUCAGAUCAGUUUGUUACAGAUUUUUGCACUGUGAUUACAGAAAAUUGCACUGUGAUUACAGAAAAUUGCACUGCUGUUGGGAUUAACUGCACUGAAAUCAACCAAUCACAGUCGAGUAAUAUCUUUAUGUAUAUUAUUAUUAUGUUAAUUGUACACAUGCAAUCAUUAUGCGUUAACCUGCAUGCUAUAAAUGGAGAUUAGGUGUAUACUCUAAGCUCAAAGUCCAGGGAUUAUUCAAACAUCAUAAGAUGACAAUUCUACCACUUAGUGGUUGUCCAGACUUUAUUAGUUCUUGAUUGUUACUUUAAAAUAACAUUAAACACAACCUCUGACCUGGAAAAUUGAUAUUGCAUAAACUAUUAGCUUAAUUAAUGUGUCACUGACAUCACUUCAAAAUUUCCUAAUAUAGCAUGUACAACAAAUUGUCAUACACCAGUCCACUUUGUGCAGAAUAUUUUUUGUGUGUUGGUGUUAUGUAUACUCAGGUGAAUAUGAUGUUUGGGUGUUACUCGAUCUGAGUGUAUAAAAAUAUCUUCGGAGGUGUUAUUUUACGCUCGUAGUGUAGAUUUACACCAAAUCGGUGUCCACACAGCUGCAAGCUAUUUACAUUCAAAGAGUCUAAAAAGAUCUUCGGAGCUGUUGUUUUACACUUGUAGUGUAGAUUUACACCAAAUCGGUGUCCAUACAGCUGAAGCUAUUUACACCAAAAGAGUUUAAAAAAUCUUCGGAGGUGCUAUUUUACACUCGUAGUGUAGAUUUACACCAAUUCGGUGUUCACACAGCUGCAUCUAUUUAACACUGAAAAGGUGUAUUUUAACACCAAAAUGAGUGUAAGUAAACACUAAAUCGCGGUGUCCACACAGCUGGAAGAAUUUACACCAAUUUCGGUAUCGGGAAAUCUGAAGAGUUUGCCUGACCACGGUGGGAAUCGAAUCUACCAACUGAGAUCUACCAACUGAGCUACGAGGUCAGAAUAGUCACAUUGAUAUCGAAGGGCCUAGACUCAGUUACGAAAUAUCACCAACUAGUCGAACCGACUUGACUUUGUGCAGAAUGUUUUUUAAUCAUUACUGUAUAUAACGAGGACACCAAAGGUAAUUUGUGCGCGUAAAAGAGUUUACUUAAUGUUUGUGCACAAAAAUUAUUUUGACACUUAAGGCUUGUGCACUAAGCUGCUACGUUUUAAGCUGCAUGCAAAUUAAGUGAACUGCGGAACAAACUAAAUUGUAUAAAAUAACAGCAUAUUCUGCGGGUGUUCAAUAUACGCUUGUGUGCGUGUUUAAUUUAUACGCGUUCGUCAAACAUUUGCGUUCUGUCUUGUUGAUAAAUGUUUCCGGAAAAUGUUUGUUUUCUAUAACAUUACCUGCAUGGCGCACUGUCGCAAUAUCACAAUCGUUGGAACUUGCCGUAAGCUGGUGACUAUUAUGUUAUCAUAAAACUAGCAUCGCUUUUUUGCAAAUUAGUAUUUGGAAUUCAUUUCACAAACCAUCUUUGCAUUGAGUGAAACCUCAUUUUCUGAACUUGGGUAAAAAUUACACAGUGGGGUAUUAUGCAAUACUGUUUAUUAGGUUUUCGCAAUUCUAAGACGGUGUAAUAGGAUCUUUUAGUUAUUGCUAAAAACAUGCACUUAUAGAACCAUUUUUGCAGCUAUAGAAAACUGAAAACACUUCCUAAUGUCUUGGCUGAGUUGCAUGAGAAGUUUCACUGAAUUGUUUGUAGCAAAUAAUUAUGUUACUUUAAACAUUGCUACACAUAUUCACUGUCAAUAUAAAGUUGCACUCAGUGCCUAUAAAUUUAUAGCACCGGCGUGCAGUACCUGUUUUGACCAUGAACAAUGACAAUCUGCUGUGCUCCCUGUUUUCCUGAUAACUGGCAAUUGCGUUUAACCUAUUAUUAACAUUUCGGCAUUAUGGGCACAGCAGCUUAAUGUACCAAUCGGUACACAGAGGGGUUAGUAGCCAACACAUUCCUCUUAAACAAUAUUGUUGUAUGCUAGCUAUUAGCUAGCUAUUAGCUGACAAUAUCUUAACAACAAUUAAUAUAACAGGCUAUAACCCAUUAGGCUGCAAUAUGCCCUGCUUUCACAUUUUUCAUGAUGUUCUUAUUUACAUAUGAGGAAGUUGACUUGCAUGUGACUGGAACUUUUAAAUUCUCAGUUAUAAGAAUUAGAGCAUUCAAAAACAAAGUUUUUAAUUUAACGAAAUAUAUAUUUAGACCGGUGGAUUCGGUUAAUUUGAAAUCUAAAGAAUUCCACAACUGAGGACCAAGAUAUUUAAUAUAACUGAAUUGACUGAUGUAUAUAUCUUUCCCAACAAUGAACAUUCAGCAAAAACUGCAAACUAAACUAGAAACUAAAAAUGCUCUUUACAUUUUUUGUUUCUUAGACCUAAUAAAGUGCUUAUUAUAGUAUAUACUGAUUACAUAGGUGAUUAUUGAAAAUUCUCCACGCUGAUUGGUAUUUAUUUUCAAGUACCCACGACUUACUUUUAACAGUUAAAAUAAGCAAAGCCAUUAUCAAAGCUAGUUUGGCUGCCAUAUUCAAAGUGCUCAUAAAUGCCCAACAAAGAUGCGAUGACGAAAAUAUCAUCACUUGAAAAAGUCAAUUUAUUCAUGUUUUAGCAAGAGAAAUAUAGACGAUAUGUCUUCGAAAAGCACAAAGAUCAUCUGUCUUCUAUACGAUUACAGUUGUGGUGGGAGUUGGUUUUUUUCGUCUAUGGGGAAUACACAUGCUGUGUAUUUGUGGGGAUGGAGUGCUCCCAAAGGUCACCCUCAACCCCAUAGACUCACACAAAUCAAUGUAUUAUACAGUGUAUUGUAAAGUAAACAAUGACCAUCACGGGGAUCUACUACCCCUUGGACAUUAAAGUAAACAAUGACCAUCACGGGAAUCUACUACCCCUUGGACAUUAAAGUAAACAAUGACCAUCACGGGGAUCUACUACCCCUUGGACAUUUAAGAUGCCCAUCUCGGGGAUCUACUACCCCUUGGGUAAAGUCCAACAUGGGGGAACCACAACCCCCUGAGGACAUAUAAUUAUAUCAUAAUCAUAUUGCUGUAAUAGUGAGUCUGUGGGGCGACACUUUGGCCACAGUUUUUUAAAGUAUAAUCGGAGCAUUUCUCCUCGACGACCCUUCUCCCACAACGUUGUGUGUCAUAGUUGUUUCUUAAUUGUCCUAGAAUAUUUGCUUAACGAAUUGGUGCAUUAAAGAAGCAAUAAAACAAGCACUAAAAGCUCAGGAUAAAUAAUAAUACCUGGGGUUUAGUACAAACUAAGUUUUGGGACUGUCAAAAUGUUUUAUAGUAUAUUUUUUUCGAGUUGAAGAGCGAGGUUUCCUUCGGCACGUCCAAACUUCGUCAUUUUUUCAAAAUACAAAAGCAAAACUCCUCACUUUUUGCUGCAGAGAGAUGUAAAACAGUCGGAACUAAUCGGAAAACCUGCAGGUUUGAAUCCUAAUUAUUGCAGUAUUCCCAUGGAAAAGUGUUUUUCUUGCAAAUUUUUCUUCAUAGGCUUCAAUUACGAAUCAUAGGCCUUCAUCAUAGGAGCACUGGAAGACUAAGUCAGGGGGGGAGUUGAAGCCGUGCAUGAAGCUUUUUUUGUAGGUAGACCCAGUCCUUUUUAAAUUUUUUUUUCAAAAUAUGCACAUUUUUUGAUCAGAAAAAUCUUGCCCCAAAAUAUUAGUUAUACUACCAAAUUUAAUUUAUAUCAGUAGUAUGAUAAAUGAAUUUAAUAUUCACAAAGCAAACAAAUCACGAAUUAGCAAAAAAAAUGCGAAAAACACGACCAUAAGCAUGAACGGUCUGAAAAACCGCGCGCGUUUUAGGCUGCUUUUUCUGAGUUUUGGGAAGUUUAAGAUAAAACUAAGACGUCAUACCUCAGGAAUUUUUUAUACCCAUGCAAAAUACAUCUGUAUGCGAAGUUUCAAGAAGGUUUAACGUUUUAAGGUCGAAAAAAAAGCAUUUGAAAAUUGACAAAAAUAUUGCCAUAUUCAAAGUGCUCGUAGUGGCCAACAAGAUGCCGAUGACGAAAAUAACAUCACUUGAAAAACGCCAAUUUAUUUAUGUUUAAGAGCGACUAAAACAAGGACUAAAAGCUCAGGAUCAAUAACAAUACCUGGGGUUUAGUACAACAUAAGUUUUGGGACUGUCUAAAUGUUUUAUAGUAUAUAUUUUUGGUUUGAACAACGAGAUUUCCUUUGGCACGUCCAAACUUUCGUCAUUUUUUCAAAAUACAAAAGCAAAAUUCCUUACUUUUUGCUGCAGAGAGAUGUAAAACAGUCGGAACUAAUCGGAAACUUGGUUUAAAUCCCAAUCAUUGUUGUAUUCCUAUGGAAAAAGUGUUUUUCUUGCAAAUUUUUGCUCGAAAACAAACUUUUGACAGAAUUUUUUUCACUCCUCGAAACUCUCCUUAGUCCUUUUGAAAGCUGAUUUUCCCGCGCGCCGGCUUCAACGAAUCAUAGACUUUCAUCAUAGGAGUUAGCCUUCCAGUUAUUAUUAGAGUUCACUGCAUAGGAGUUAGCCUUCCAGUUUAUUUAUAGUUCAAGGUCGCUUACUCGCUUAGACCGCAUUGUUACCAUAGGAACAUACAAUUUGCUUUUUUCGAACGAUUAUGCUUGAAUUAUAAAGAUUACGCAUGCGUUUCUACUUCCAAAAACUGAUCCCCAUUUCACAUAAACAGCAAAUAUUUUGCACAGUUGUAUAACACAAACACUACCGUACAAUAAAUUGACUCCAACAUUCCUUAGUCCCAUAAUGACGUAUUUCAUAUACCUUGGUGGUAAGGUCAUUGGGUACCAACAAAACGUAAAUACGCAAAUACGUACCUACGCGAUACAGUAAUACUGAGCUGAAAAGAAAAAGUUCUAGAAACUUUUUCAAACUCUAAACUCUUGUUCUUUGUGAGUGGUACACUCAUGUUACUGGUUAAAACAGUUUUUAAAAAAUGGAAGAUUUUCUGAUCUGGACAGGAAUUUCUGGAUGAUAAUUACUUGUUGAAAUACAAAGAGUAUCCGAUUGAAAUAAAACAAUAACUAAGGAGUUCGGAGUUUUUAAAAAUCUACACCUAGUAGCCGUUGCUAUGGCAUCAGUGACAUUCAAUAUGGCAGAUCGUUUUGGUUUUAAGUAAUUUAACUCGAAAAUAAAGUCGGUGACCCUUAUUUUUUGCGUGACAUAAUUUUUUAAAAAUCAUAUAUAGCAAUGAUUCAAAAUACUAAACGAAUUUUUUUUUCUGUGUUAGUGUUGUAUACUCAGGUGAAUAUGAUGUUUGUGAUCUUACUCGAACCGUCCUGACCGCGUAGCUCAGUUUGCAGAGCAUUGGGCUAGUAUUCCAAAGGUCGUAGGUUCGAUUCCCACCGUGGCCGGGCAUAUUUUUCAAGCUCGCCCGGUGUGGGUAUACACUCAGAGUAACAUCACAAACAUCAUAUUCACCUGAGGACACAACACCAACACAGAAAAAAAAUCAUGUUAGGGAGCGGUCAUUAUUUAUGGUGGGGGGUGGCACCGAAGAGAAAUGUUUUUAGUGCUAAAAAUUUUGCUGACCCAACCAUUAAAAAGUAAACUAUUUGAUUACCCAACCUCAAAUAUCAAUUAAAAAAGAAAUGCCCACCCCUGGUCAAAAACAUUACAAAAAGAUACCAUUCAGUUGUCACACAAGUCCCUUUCCACUUCUGUGACAUAGUUUGAUAACGGAUUGUGAAAUUUUCCGCAGUCUAAAGUGUCACGUUGUCUGCACAUGUACUUUCUUUGGAAGUUUUGGAGACACCAUUUGUCUCCGAACAAAUCUGGUUGAUUCACAUAUUGUAUUGACAUAUGACUGUUGACAUUGCUUUUUAGUCUCCAAUAUUUCAGUGAGUUAUGCUUUGGAUAUGACAAUAAAUUUUUAUUACCCAACCCUUGAGUUGUUUUGUUUUUCAUUUACCCAACCUUUUACUCACUCAAAAUUUUGUUUACCCAACCAUUUUCUCUUCGGUGCCACCCCCCACCGUAAAUAAUGACCGCUCCCUUACUAGAUUACAUUGGUAUCGAAAGAACUAGAUUCUGUUCCGAAAUAUCACUUACUCGAACCGUGCUGACCGCGUAGCUCAGUUGGCAGAGCAUUGGGCUAGUAUUCCAAAGGUUGUAGGUUCGAUUCCCACCGUGGCCGGGCAUAUUUUUUAAGCUCGCCCAGUGUGGAUAUACACUCAGAGUAACAUCACUAAACGAAUUAUUUUUAUGAAAUAAAAAAUGAGGCCAUGGCGGUAACCGACCCUAUUUUCAAAUUAUAUAAAUUUAAACCCAAUAUAUCGGCCAUAUUGAAUCAUCACUGUUGCCAUAGCAAAGGCAGUUGCGAUUCCUUUUUUUCGAAAAAAUCAAUCUGUAUAGUUAUUAUUUUUCUAAUUGGACUCAGGUCUUUGUCUUUUAACAUACCGGAAUUGUUGAAAAAUUGGGUCUAAAUCGGAGAUCUUCCAUUUUCUAGUAAACUGUAGGGAGCCACCUUAAUUCAUCCAACAUUUCCCAGUUCUUAUCUUAGAUAAACAGGGUGGACACAAUUUCGCUUUUUUCACCUGAUGUAAUACUAACUGUAAGGUUUGCAUUCCCAAACCAGUCCUCUUGCAUUGCACAUUAUCGCCACAAUAGCAUGAUCCUGCGAGGUUUACAGUAUAUGUUAUACAAAAUUUUAAAGAAAAUUUUAAAUUUUAUAUAAAAUUUUAAAGGGCAUUAAGAUGAGUAAAAAUUAAAUGCUCCAUUGCGCUAAAAGGCACAGGGUAAUAAGGAAUAUGGUUAUUUCAGUCUGUAUUCAAAUCUUAUUGGAUUACCUGUGAGGCAAACAGAAAUAAAUUAUACACUUUAGUGAAUUUAAUCUCAAAUUAUAACGAACUGUGCCAAUGUAGGUACUGUAUAGUGCCAAUGACAAGAAUGCUGCAGAUUGAUUGGGAUACAACUACCUGAAAAGUACAUGGAGAAAUUCGACGUUUCGAGCGAAGGCCCUUCGUCAGGAAGUUAUAGACUAUAAGGGCCUUUGCUGGAAUCGUCGAAGUUCCCCUUGUAUUUUUCAGGUAGUUGUAUCCCUAUCAAUCCACAUGCAGCUUUCUUUUAGUGAAUUUAGUCUUUACUGAAACAACGGCCAUGCAUUGAAUCAGCUUUUCAAACGUAAAAUUUAGCAAGUUAAUCGUAUUAAAUAAAGUUCUACUAAUAAAGUUGUACUAUUUCAUAUUCGAAAGUACUAGGUACAAUGAGGGGAACAUGCACAUGCAUAUUUUCUCGUCGGCAUUCUAUAGGGAUCUCUGAAAUUUGUCUAGAAGCAUUCGUUAGGUAACAGAAAUUUUUAUAUAUACUCAAUCAAAAUAUUAAUUUUUAUAUAUUUGGUAUUGGCCUGCACAUAUUUUUAAACUACUAUAAUUAUUAUAUAUAGUCUUGCGCAUAAUAAUAGCGUUUAUCCAGCGCAUUUUUUGAAAGCGAAAGCGAAAGCGGAAGCGUAAAUUAUAUCGGAAAUGUUGAGCUAAAUAUCUGGCUUGUUUUUAACCCCACUUAUUCAUGACAUAUUUGCACUUAAUUCAUGUAUUGUUCCUCAUAGAAGGGGCUAUUUUUGUAAGGGAUUUUAGCCUGCAUGAGAUUUAGUUUAUAUAUCGAAACUUUUUCUCUCGUUUUACUGCUAAAGCAACAUUUGAACGGAAACGAGAACGACUUCCUCACACUUGAUCAAAUCUCGUACUCGUAUAUAGUCGCUGCUAAAGUUCCCUAUAAAGGCUAUUGUUGCAUGAUGCAACAUGUUGGCCUCGUUUGAACACUAUGUUGGAUGAUGUUGGCUGAUGUUGGAUUGGAUUUGGCUUUAUUUAAAAUUUUCAUCCAACGUUUCAUGCAUGUGCAACAUUUGACGGUUACAGCUAUGCUUGAUUAUUGGGAUUUGAUGAUUACGCCUGAGCGUGAUCACUGCACACGCUCCCCAACUAUAUGUCCAACAUUGUUGGAUCAACAAGACGAUUAGAUGAUGUUGGCCUCGUUUGUACCUGCCUUUAAAUUAUUAUCGUAUGUGUAUUCAGGGUUCCCAACAGAAUUUGGAGUAUAGGUGGCAUUUUAAAAAUAGUAUGGCGGCUAUGUGGUGCCGAAGGUACCACUCGCUUGUGGGGCGGGAUCCGAUUCGUCUCCCUGUGAAGAUUCUGAAGUUCAGACACUCUAAAAGGCAUUUCAAGCCAUUUUGGUGAGUUAGGUUUUGGGGGUUUUGACAUUUUUAUCCAAUUAUUUGACGAGAAGACUUUUGUAUAAAAUUUAUGUUAGAAAAACAAGAAACCUUUCCCUUGACAGUUUUGCGGUUUGGAGGAAAUAUUAUAAUGCUAAAAUCACCAGUUGCCGAUUUUAACGACAUCAAUUUCCUUAUCGUUUUAGGUAUCCUGCUUGGACCGGCACAAUUCACAGGUACAGUUAGAUGCAUGAUUGUGUGGUUCAAACACCUCGUCUAUAGACGAAUUUUACCGGUUUUGGACUUGCUCUAAUUUAAAGGAGGCGGGGGGCUAGAGAGGCUGGGAAGAUCACUAUGCAUGUGAAAUGUGUAUAGGAACGCUAAAAUACAAUUCUCGAGUAAAUAAUCUCGUAUAGAUAUUCCUACUUUGCAUGGUCAGAAGAUAAUCCAUUGACGAGUGUUAUUUUUCUAGAUGGUGAAUCCGCAAAGACGUGUUGUCAGAAGAAAAAUGUUCCACCCGAAUGUAAUUUUCUUUGCGAGUCUAACCAUGGGAGUAUUGGAUUUGUUACAAAAUGGAAGUGUAGAGCCAAAUACUAUGCUACUAUCAAAACGUGUGAAGUAGAAGAUGCUAUUGGUAAAAUGACCAUACAAGUUAUAUUAAGCUCGUUUUCCUUAUUAAUAGCUAUACGGAAAAAAACUAUGGACCUCCGGAGAGAAAAAGAUAAAUACUUUACCAUUUUCGAGACACUAUUACACCGUUUUCAAAAUUACGCGUCUGAAUAAUAUUUUGAGUUGACAAGCCGGUUUCAUAUCAUGCACAUGCAGAAACUAUUAAUUGUUUUCAGAUGGGAAAACAACCUAUGAAGGCAUGCUAAAUUUUGACCAAGAUUUAAAAGAAAAUAACUGUGAGAGCAUGUUGUAUUCCGGUUUUGAAGAAAAUCGUAAUAAUCAAGAUAGCAUGCAAAAUUCUUCAACCAGAAUAAAUUAUGAAUGCAUUCAAAAAGAAAUACAAAGUGUUAAGGGAUUUAAAAUAGCUCAUUUAAACAUUAGAAGCCUUAUUAAACACAUUGAUGAAUUCCGAAUAUUUUUAAGAAAAAAACAAUUUGAUAUAAUUUGCUUAAACGAGACAAUGUUGGAUGAGACUAUAGCUGACAAUGAAGUUUUGAUUGACGGUUAUGAAAUUAUACGCAAAGACAGAAAUAGACAUGGAGGAGGGGUAUUACUUUACAUACGGAACACAAUUAACUAUAAACUAAGAAAUGAGUUAAUGAUAGAAAGCCUUGAGAUGGUCACAGUAGAAGUCAUGAAACCUAAAGCAAAAUCCUUUCUCGUUAAUGCCUGGUAUAGACCACCUAGUUCAAAAGCUGAGCUUUUUGACGAUUAUGAGAACGUUUUAGAAAAAAUAGAUGCAGAAAAUGUAGAAGUGAUUUGCAUAGGUGAUUUUAAUUGUGACUGGUCUAAACAAGGCAUGCAAUCACAUACAGAUAAAUUAAAAGAUAUGAUGGAAUUAUAUCAAUUUGAGCAACUUAUCAAAGAACCAACACGAGUAACUGAAAACACUAGUACACUUAUCGAUUUAGCGUUUACAAAUAAAGCUGAAAUUAUUGUUCGAUCGGAGGUACACCAUAUAGGAAUUAGUGAUCAUAGUUCGAUCCCUCGUGGUGAGCCAAAAGUUGUUAAUACUAGACAAUACAAAGGCUACAAUAAAGACAAUUUUAUUGCAGAUUUAUCACAAAUAUUUCAUAUAGAUUUUGAUCAACAGUCUGAUGACAUUAAUUAUAUAUAUAUGGAUUGGAAAAACAAGUUUUUAUUUGUAGCUGAUAUGCAUGCUCCACCAAUCACUCGGAGGAUACGAAGUGAAUAUACACCUUGGCUAACGAAAGAUAUUAUGAAAAAAAUUAGGAACAGAGAUUAUCUAAAAAAAAAAGCAGUUAAGACUGGGUCUCUAAAUAUGCACCAAGCAUACAAAAAAGCUAGGAACGAGGUAACUAAAAAUAUUAAACAGGCCAAAGCCAAACACUUCAUACACUGUUUUGAAACAACCACCAAAAACCCACAAGAGUGUGGAAAACUAUUAAUAAAUGGAUUAACAAGAAAUCAAAAACAACAACUAUUUCCGAAAUUAAAACUGAAAAUGGAAGUGUUACCGAUGCUAAAGAAAUUACAAAUGUCUUAAAUGACUAUUUUUGCAACAUAGGUUCAAAUCUGGCAGAAAACUUAGAAAGGACACCAAUUCAACCAUCUAGUUAUAUUGAUCAGAGUGAAACUGAAUUUAAGCUGCACUCUGUAACUGAAAAUGAAGUUUAUAAAUAUCUUUCCAAUGUUAAACCAACUAAAUCGACUGGUUAUGACCAAAUACCACCAAAAUUAAUUAAAGAUGCGGCUGGAGUAAUCAGUAGAUCACUAACAAAAAUUUUUAACGAAUCUAUUGUAUCUGGAAUUUUUCCUGAUGAUCUAAAAAUAGCGGUGCUCUCGCCAAUCUUUAAGAAAGAUGAUAGGUCCUGUUGUGGUAACUAUAGACCAAUUUCAGUACUAUCAGUUAUAGCGAAAGUUUUGGAGAAAAUUUCAUUUGAUCAAUUGUGUAGUUAUCUUCAUGGUAACAGCAUAAUUGCAAAUCAGCAAUCAGGCUUUAGGAAAAAUCAUUCAACCGAAACGUCCUUACUUACAGUUACAAAUAGAUGGUAUUGCAAUAUGGACAAUGGACUUCUGAACGGCGUUUUAUUUCUGGAUUUAAAAAAGGCAUUUGAUUGUGUAGAUCAUCAAAUCUUACUAAACAAAUUAGCAAUGUAUGGAAUUCGUGGUAUAACAUUAAAUUGGUUUAAGUCGUAUCUCUCCAAUAGAAAGCAAACUUGCAAAGCUAACAACAUAUUUUCAGAAAUGAAACCAAUUAAAACUGGUGUGCCGCAAGGCUCCAAUUUAGGACCCCUGCUAUUUAUUAUCUAUGUCAACGACUUACCUAAUUGUCUAGACAUGCAGUGCUAGUGCAAGCAUGUUUGCCGAUGAUACAAAUAUAACAGCAACCGGUCAGACAGUACAACAACUCCAAAGUAAUUUGAAUAACAAUUUAGAAAAAGUACACCACUGGCUUCUCGCAAAUAAAUUAACUCUUAGUUACAAUAAAACAGAGUACAUGAUUAUUGGUUCAAGACAAAAAAUACUAAACAUUCAAGAAGAACCAAUAAUAAGCAUAGGUAAUGAACCUGUAAAGAAAAUUAAUAAAUGCAAAACACUUGGAGUUAUAAUCGAUGACAAAUUAAUGUGGAAAGACCAUAUAAAUGAAAUCAAUGCUAAAGUUUCGAAAGGUUUAGGAAUAAUGAGAAGGAUCAAAUCGCUUGUAACCCAAUCUGUCUUGCAAACUAUAUACAACAGCUUAAUACUCCCAUAUUUCGAUUACUGUAGCAUGGUAUGGGAUAAUGCAGCUAACUAUAACAUACAGAAACUACAAAAAAUGCAAAAUAGAGCGGCUAGAAUUUUAACAGGGAGCGGUUACGAUGCUCCUUCAAAGGAGUUACUGCGCCAACUCAACUGGGAAACGUUGGAAGAGCGCAGACGUAACAAAAAAGCAUUAUUAAUGUACAAGGUCAAAAAUGGGAUCGCACCUGAUUCAAUAGGAAAUUUGUUUAAUAUUUGUGAUAAUCAAAAUUACUCUUUAAGAAGCAAUUUAAACAACUUUACGUUAGAUAAGCCAAAUACAAAUUUCUUGAAAAAAAGCAUUAGUUACUCUGGUGCAAAAUGUUGGAAUGAUCUCACAAAUGAUCUUAAGAGUAAGUCAAUGGGCAUAAAGAGGUUUAGAGCUAUUGUUGGGGGCGCAGAUUAGUUUCCAUAUGAUAUUUUGAAAUCAUUAAAAUAUUCUUGUAAAUAGUUAUUAUAGUAAUUAAUAGUAGUUUGUAGUUUAAGUUUCUUUUGUAUGUAUAUAUAUAUAUAUAUAUAUAUAUAUGUAUAUGUAUAUAUAUGUGUAUAUAUAUAUAUAUAUGUAUAUAUAUGUAUAUAUAUAUGUAUGUGUAAGUGUAUGUGUAUGUAUAUAUGUAUAUACGUGUGAACGCCCCCUUGUGUGAACGGCCCCUUGGAAAACAGUUUUUAACUAUAACUGAUAGGGCUACCGUUGUUAAAUAUUUUUAAAUAAUAAUAAUAAUAAUAAUAAUAUAAACAAAAUAGCUACAUUUGGAAUAACAUAUAUAGUUAUACAGCAGUUGUUUUUUUUUCUUCAAAGUCAAUUACCGAACAAAGCCUACAAAUUCGACACAAAUUAUACGUGAUGACUUAUCGCAUUGGCAGACUUUGUUCGGUUAUUGAAUUAUACUAACCGCGCCUAAACGUCAAAAACAACUAUUGUUAUCAACCCUUUUGUGUGAGGUGGUCCGCGUAUCAUCGAUAUCAAGCAACAAUAACAGCAAUCUAUAGAGUACGUGAAUGACUUUGAAAGUUUGAGAAAGUGUAAUUUAACUGUGUGUGAAACAUAUAGACAUUAUAUAUUUGGCCAAUCCUUCAUACAAAUGCUACAGACCUAACACAUACACAACCAAAUACAGAACUAAACUUAUAGCUAAAUAUUCUGAAGUCUUUUUAUUUUUAUUUGGAAUCAUGCACAUGUAGUAUAUACAAAUCCCUUAUUUUUGUUGCAAAGACUUUUUGCAAAGCCAUAGCCCAUAGGCAUCCGUACCUUUCAAAGUUUCUACAUGCAGGAUUCUUGAAUUCUUCUAAAAUAUAUUCAGUAGUUUACAAGAUUUAGGUCCCGUUUUCGUCGCUUACCUACUGUUCCUACGUUCUUUGUUUUUAGACUAUGUUAAGAUGUUUGGGCAGAAGUUGACUGAAUCGUAAGUUAUCUGUCGUAUUUAAAAAUUUUUCGUGUAAUGUGACAUUUAAUUAAAAACUCUAUAUGCAUGUAUGGGUAAUUCAUGAUUAUAUAUAUAUAUAUAUAUAUAUAUAUAUAUAUAAUCUUCAACAACAACUUGAUUCUUUGUAGAGUUGCAAAGGGAUUUGAAAAUUUGCGUGACACCAUAAAAAACAAAUUGAAAGUUGCUACGGAUUUUGCCAAAUUGACUGUGAACGAAUUAAAAGAAAUUCCGCAAGAUGUCCUUGGUUCUUUACAG